GGCCCUGGAGGAGGCCUCCUGCGACCACCAGGUGACAGAUGAUGUGUACUGAGCGCUGUCAGCCGUAUUUUAUGUCAUGCUCUGCAAACCAGCGAGGCCGGCGCUGCAGCCCCAUUACUCAGACAGGAAUAUAGAGGCCGGGAAAAGCGAAAUCACCCAGGGGCUGGGGUCGCCGCAGCCAGGAGAGACUCCGGUCAUCACCACGACCUGGGCGAGAUCAGGCUGCAAACGGGGCCCCUUCCCGGUGCAGCCCCUCCACCCCCAGCAGAACUUGGGAAAGGCGCAGUCCGGGACUCUCCGCGCAUCGGGAGGGGAUUCCAGGCCCCCCCCAGGCGAAAGUCCGGGCCGCCUCGCGCGCUGGAAAUCCCGCGCGCGCCCCGAACCGCGGCUCGGCUGCCGGGAAAUCAGGAGAAAAAAACUUCUGCUUUUUUUUUUUCUUUUCUGGCAUUCGCGGUCACCUACCCGGCCCCCGCGCGCCCUCCUCCCGGUUCUCGCCCCCACGUGGGGCGCCCCCACACGGCGCUCCGCCCCCUCCUCGCCGUCGGCCAACCGCAGAGCUGUCUGCACUCUCCGUUGUCCUUCCACCAAUAGGAGGGGUGAAUGACUCCACUGAGGCCACGCCCCAGCAGUCAAGUCCUAUAAAAAUCGGUGCCGGAGGCUCCCCGCUCACAUCGCCGAGGCUUCGGACUACGGUUGGUUUCUGAAACUUGCCGGAUUAUUUUCGCCAAGGAUUUUGCAACAUUUUUUUCCGCCUUUUCUGGAAGGAUUUCGCUGCUUCCCGAAGGUCUUGGACGAGCGCUCCAGCUCCGUGGGAAGGUUUUGGGCUCUCUGGCGCGGAUUUUGCAAUUUCUCCCUGGGGACUGUCGUGGAGCCGCGUCCACUGUGGAUUAUAAUUGCAACAUGACGCUGGAAGAGCUCGUGGCGUGCGACAACGCGGCGCAGAAGUAAGUAGCCGGGGCCGCCGCCGUCUGAGGUCGGCCGGGACGGGAUGGGUCGGGUUGGGCCGGGCCGGGAGCGGAAUGUAGCACCCGGUGGUCCGCCCGUCACUGAUCCCUCUCUCCUGGCCUCAGGAUGCAGACGGUGACCGCCGCGGUGGAGGAGCUGUUGGUGGCCGCUCAGCGCCAGGAUCGCCUCACAGUGGGGGUGUACGAGUCGGCCAAGUUGAUGAAUGUGUGAGUCAGACCCCCUCCCCGGGCCGGGCGCGGGUGGGACGGGACCUCCCCUCCUCUCUGGACGCUUUCCACACGCUUGUCUCGCAUGGGGCUGGGACUUCCCCAAGUGCCACCCGCUGUGGAUGCAGAGCUUCUCUGCUGUUUUGUGGAUUGGGGGCUGCCGUAUCCUGAUGCAUCGUCUGCAAGCGCCCCUCCCGCUGUGGGCCUGUCUCCCCACACCCCACACUUUGAACCGUGUGCCUUCCCCGCCCCCCACCGUCACCAGCUUGCAGAGGCAAUCCCCUGCACCCCUGCAGUUUCUCUUUUGCUCUUGCACGCUCCUUUUUUUGCAAACUCCCCCUGCACGGUGGCCUCUCCCCUGUUCCCGGCUGACCCACCGCUUCCCUUUGGCCCCCUCAGGGACCCAGACAGCGUGGUCCUCUGCCUCUUGGCCAUUGACGAGGAGGAGGAGGAUGACAUCGCCCUGCAAAUCCACUUCACGCUCAUCCAGUCCUUCUGCUGCGACAACGACAUUAACAUCAUGCGGGUGUCGGGCAUGCAGCGCCUGGCACAGCUCCUGGGAGAGCCGGCCGAGACCCAGGGCACCACUGAGGCCCGAGACCUGCAUUGUCUCCUGGUCACGAACCCUCACACGGACGCCUGGAAGAGCCACGGCUUGGUGGAGGUAGCCAGCUACUGCGAAGAAAGCCGGGGCAACAACCAGUGGGUGCCCUACAUCUCUCUUCAGGAACGCUGAGGCCCUUCCCAGCAGCAGAACCUGUUGAGUUGCUGCCAAAAACAAAAAAUAAAAUAAAUAUUUGAACCCCCCUCCCCCCCAGCACAACCCCCCCAAAACAACCCAACCCACGAAACCAUCGGGGGCAGAGUCGUUGGAGACUGAAGAGGAGGAGGAGGAGGAGGAGAAGGGGAGUGAGUGGCCGCCCCCAGGGCGGAGAUCGGGGAGCUGGCGGCCGCCGAUCCGAUGGAGGAGAAGUGGGGACCCAGGCCAGCAGGAGACAGGACCCCGGAGCUCAGGCCUUGGGAUGGAGCAGAAGCUGGAGUGGCGGGGCACGCUGCCGCCUUGUCUAUCACGGAGGGUCCAGACUCUCCACUUGAGGGUGGAAUGAGACUGACUGCAACCCCCACCCUCCUUGAGACUGGAGCUGGCGUCUGCAGACCAGAGACCUGGUUGAACUUGGUUGGUGCUUGUCUGCACCCUCGACAAGACCACACUUUGGGACUUGGGAGCUGGGGCCGAAGCUGCUCUGUACCCAUGAACUCCCAGUUUGCGAAUCAUAGAGACAAUCUAUUUUGUUACUUGCACUUGUUACUCGAACCACUGAGAGCGAGAUGGGAAGCACAGAUAUCUAUAUUUUUAUUUCUACUAUGAUGACCUUGUAAUAAAUUUCUAAAGCUUCUG